AUGGUAGACCUAAAAAAUCUCUGGUGGGAAGAAGAAGUCAAUGAAAAAUACCAAAUACUUAAGAAGUUUAAUUUUAUUAUAACAAAAGUGAUUGUGCUACUAUUCCUUUUGAAUGUUUUUUUUAUCAAGGAUUAUGAAAUCCUGAUCAAAUUCGCCCCUUAUAACUUGUUUUCGGUUUUACAAAGUUUUUUUAUUUGGCUUAUGGAGAACAGAAGCAUGAAUAUAAAAUCCGCUGCUGCAAUAAUUAUUUCAGAACUCAAUGGGUUUUUAUGAUUCUCAAUGUGAACUAAAGAAGUCCAGCAAAUGCGAACUCUCCUCGCCACCCUUUCUUUUGCCUCAAUAAAUUUAUAUGAAUGGCCAUUUAUCAAGCGCUUUUGGGUUCGAAAUUUAAUCUUGCUCAAAAACUUGAUCAUGUUUAAUUUCAUUGAUCUUAUGGAAGACACAGAGUUCUUAUUCCAUUCUUUCCUCCCACAAAUGACUUUCUUUUUAAUUUUUCUUCUAUGUGAAUUAUGGUGGCGGAACAUGAAAGAAAACUCCUAUGAGAAAUUUUUAUCACGAAAGAAUAUUGAAAAUGCUGAAAAAAGGAUUGAGCUGAUUUUCAAAUUAUUUCCUGAUGGGAUCUUGAUAAUUUCCCAAAACAAAGAAAUUUUGUUUUCCAAUGAAAAUAUAGUUAAGUUGCUAAACUGCGACUUAAAUAAUUUGAUGAAUGUUAUAUCAUCAAUUAAUUAUUGCGAAGGAAAGAAAUAUUCAAAUUUAUCUCUCUCGAACAAACUAAUUGAUGAUAUAAAUUCAGUUAAGAGUUUGCAAAUAAAUGAAGAGAAUCUUCUUGGUAUAUGCGAAGUGAAUAAAAAUUAUUUAGAAUGAAAAUGUCAAAAAGUGCUAUGGAAUGAUGAUGAGGCAAUUUUAUUGACUUUAAGAAACGUCAACAAUAUAAUUCAACUGGAAAAGUCAGUAUCAGACAACAAUUUGAAGACUAUAAUUUUGAGAUCUGUUUCUCAUGAACUAAGAACUCCUGUAAACGCGAUAGCAACUUUGGUUGAGAGCUUAAAAGAAGAGCCUGAGAUCAAAAAAAAUAAAGAAUGGAGCGAAAAACUAAGCAUUGCUAUGGUUUCUUCUGAACUUCUUUUGAAUCUCAUCAAUGACUUGCUUGACUAUUCUAAAAUUCUAGCAGGAGUGUUUUCUAUUCAAAAGUCAACAAUUUUACUAUAUGAUGCAAUUAAUAGUGCAACGCAAUUAAUCAAACUUCAGCUAGAAAAAAAGUCUCUACAGCUAUUUGUAAGAAUAGAUCCUCAGUUACCAGCUUAUAUUUGCACUGAUGCACUGAGAUUUAAUCAAAUUCUUCUAAAUUUGCUGAGUAAUGCACUAAAGUUUACGAUAUCAGGCCAUAUCGAGGUCGCUUGUGUCGGGUGUGCUAAUGAGAAAAUGAAAGUAAUUGUUCGAGAUACUGGGGUUGGAAUGAAGGAAAAUAAAUUAAAAGAUUUGUUUAGGGAAUUUAGCACCCAUAAUAAGAGCUUAAAUCCCACUGGCUGCGGACUUGGGCUAUUUAUAUCUAACAUUAUUGCUAAAGAAUUGGGAUCAAAGUGCAUUGAAGUUGAAUCAAGGCACAAGCAGGGGUCAACAUUUAGUUUCACAAUUGAUAUCUCUGACUCCCCCCAUCCUUGAUCGAACGAUUGACUGUAAAAAUUCCUAAAAAUUGGGGAAAUUAACCCCCAUCCUUGAUCGAACGAUUUUCAUAUCAUCCAAAUUUGUAUAUAUAUAAAAUAUAUUAUUUAUCAAAAGCUUGGGAAGAUGUACAUAAUGAAGUUGCUUUCAGAGACUUUGAGACGAUAGAAAGCUUUGUAAUCAACCAUCUGAAGUGAUUUAGUCAUAAACCUAGGCUUAAAAACUCAAUAAUCUAUUAAAAUAGACAUUCUUUAAAAUUAAAAAAAAAAAUUAAUUUAAUAAGGAACAAAUUAAAAUUUAUACAGUUUAAAGGGGUAACCAAAAAAUCAAAAUAUUAAAAAUUGGUAUUUUUAUGAAAAUAAUUCAAUUUUUUGCUGUAAAAAUAAUUAUUAAAUACUCUUAACCCUCUUAUUUAAAAGUAAAUAAAAAAAAAUAUAUAUAUAUAUUUUUUUAUUUUAUAUAUAAAAAUUUUUUUUUAAACCCCCAUCCUUGAUCGAACAAUGGCGAGUCGUUCGAUCAAGGCUAGGGGGAGUGAAGAAACUACUUGGAAUGAAGAUGCUUACAGUGAAAGUAUUGACGAGGAUACUGAUGAGGAUUCUUUUCCCAUCAAAAUCAAAGAUUUCAGUUCAGUCAUCAGCCAAAGCUAUCCUAAUGUAUUAAUUGUUGAUGACAAUGAAUUUAACCGGAUUGCACUUGGAUCACUUCUUUCCAGCAACAAUAUAUCGUACCAUGAAGCGUGCACUGGAAGUCAGGCUGUCGAAUUUGUGAAGAUGAUGGAUAGUUGAAAAAGGUCAUAUAAAUUGGUGAUUAUGGAUGGAAGUAUGCCUGAUCUCAACGGCUGAGAGGCAGCCACUAUAAUUUAG